AUGGCUUCUUCAAGUACUUGUGGUGAUCAAGAGAUGAUUUUCACAAUGCAAAAGGCAAUGGUUGCACCCUUCUUGACAAAAACAUAUCAACUAGUGGAUGAUCCAAGUAGUGAUCACAUUGUUUCAUGGGGUGAAUAUGAAAACACUUUUGUUGUAUGGAGACCUCCUGAGUUUGCUAAAGAUCUUCUUCCCAACUACUUUAAACACAACAAUUUCUCCAGCUUUGUUAGGCAACUCAAUACUUAUGGAUUUAAGAAGAUAGUUGCAGAGAGAUGGGAAUUUGCAAAUGAACAUUUCAAGAAAGGACAAAAACACUUACUUUGUGAGAUCCAAAGAAGAAAGAGCACACCUCAACAAUUACAUCAUUUGACACCCUACCAAGAACAUAUCACAAGAAGUAUCUGUCACCAAGAAAUACAAAACCCUAGUAGUAGUGUUGAUCAUGAUAUUCUUUUAGCACUCACACAAGACAAUGAAAGGCUAAGGAAAAGAAACAUUGUACUAUUAUCUGAACUCACACAUAUGAAGAAUCUCUACAAUGACAUUAUCUACUUCAUUCAAAAUCAUGUCAAACCGGUUGAGGAAAAAUCCCGUGUGUUUUUACUUAAUGGAGGUCUGAAUCAUCAUCAUCGCCAAGUACAUAUUGAAGAUCAUGAAGAGCCAAAGAGUGAUAAGGUAAAGUUAUUUGGAGUAAGUUUAUGUGGGAAGAAGAGAUUGUAUCAUGAAAGGAUUGAUCAAGAAGAAUUAGAAUGUUGA